AUGGAUGUCUUCUAUACAUACACGUAUGGCACAGCGAUCUGGCUCGGACUGCAAGCCGUGCCACUGGUUGUCUUUCCCAAGCUUGUGAUAAUGACCCUGGCGGAGGAAGGACAUCAAACUUCAGAUGUCGAAAUCUACUUGAGCCGCUCACUCGGGUGUGCUUUGAUGACUGUUGGGACAAUCAUCAUGUUCUUCACUGGCACAAUACCCCUAACGGCGGGCAUAAGCGAACCCGUCAGCCUGGGAGACAACGACUUGAAAGCGCCCUAUGCCCGGCCGAUAUUGCUGGUGACGACCUUCUUCCACAGCCUGAGCUUCAUCUAUUGCUACACGAGUUAUGUCAAUUACCAGCAGACGGGAUUUGUGCUGGGCGCCCUCGGGUAUGGCAUCAUGGCAAGUGUGGGACUGUGGACGGUCAUUUUUGGAGACACGACGGCAAGGCUGUCGAAGAGAACAGGCGCUGACAAGCGAACUUCGGCAUGGCCGUUCAAGAACACGCAGGCUUACGACAAGAGAAAGGACAAGAAGAUGGGUUGA